AUCUUACGGUUUCUUCUCCACAGUGCGGCGACAACGAUCUCUUCCCCGACAACGAUCUCUGAGAUUUUGUCGAUUUCCGGCACGGUGCUGCCGCCGCCUGCGCCGCCGGGGGCGGGGGGUUUGUCGAUUUUUCUCUCCGGCGGGCAGGGGCAGGUGGUCGGGGGGAUCUUGGUGGCGCCGCUCGUGGCGUCGGGGCCGGUGGUGCUGAUGGCGGCGUCGUUUGCGAAUGCGGUGUUCGAGCGCCUUCCGCUGGAGGAAGAGGCGCGGCGGCGCCGAGCGCGCCUCAGUUGUCUGGGGUCACUGGCGGCGGCGGUGGGGAUGUGUCUUUUUUGAAUUCCGGCGGGGGAGGGGGGAAUAAUGCGGCGGGGAAUUAUCCGUUUUCGGCGGAUCUUUUCGGGUGGGGCGGA